CAAUAACAACAAUUUGGACAACAUAAAAUAUGGCUAAUGUGGAAUCUAUGAUUGUAGAAGAAAAGCCCCAAAUUAAACAAAUAGAUCGUGAGAAGACAUGCCCAUUGCUUUUGCGAGUAUUCUGCUCGACUGGUAGGCAUCAUUCGGUGUCGGAAUAUAUGUACGGAAAUGUUCCUACAAAUGAGUUACAAAUCUAUACAUGGAUGGAUGCUUCGCUGCAUGAACUCACCUCUUUGGUUCGCGACGUUAACCCGGACACCCGCAAGAAAGGAACAUACUUCGACUUUGCAGUGGUGUAUCCUAACUUCCGAAACAACCACUUUCAGAUGCGUGAAAUCGGUGUUACAUGCACGGGUCAAAAGGGUGCCGAUGACAACAAGACGUUAGCUCAAGCGAAAUUCUGCAUCGGAGACUUUCUAGAUAUUUCCAUAACUCCGCCAAAUCGACUACCACCCAUUAGACGCCAACGACCAUACUAA